GCAAUUAGUUCAAUUGGUACGCGGACACGAAUUAGUGAGCUAAAUUAUCGAAUGGAUCAAUCAACUCGUUCUUCAGUUUAGCAACCAUCUACAAAACCGUACUAUCGUUGCGGUGUUAUCACAAAACUGUUAUGCGCAUGCCGUACAUGUUUGUACACAUAAUUAUAUCUAUACAUACUAUGUCAUGCACUGCAUGCAACCCCUAUAAUCUUCCGCAUAUGCAAUUGCCUGUACCAUUCAAAUGUGAUGGUCAUUUGUAUAGAUGUAGGUAUCUAUAAAUUAACCCGGAACCGCAGUCCGGACAGACAUAUACGUGCAUCUUGGGGUCUUGUUAAGACGUCUCGUUCGCAUUUGUUAUAAAUAUUAGAAGAAAUUUUUAUCAGACAACCGGUGCGGCGCGAGAAGCCAUUAUAGCCGACCUCAACCGCGUAACUACAAGUUUAACGCCCAUUCCACCCAUCAUCCACCACCUGUGCAGAGGCUGCGUCUAACUUUUCCCACAGUAUCCCUCGUCGCCAAUUUCAAGUACUGCUACCGAUAUUCAAGCAUAUCUAAACUUAGAUCAUCCAGCUGCGGUCUCAGAUUGUGUUCAGUAUUCAUGAAUUCGGUGUGAAGAACGUUGCUCGCAGAUUUGUAUCGUAAUUCCGUGAGAUAUUUUAAAUUCGAAAAUUCGUGGGUUUGUACAUAUAGUACAUAUAGUAACAGCAUUGAAUUCAACAUUUUUUUGUCCGUCGAAUAACUAGUUGCAUUCUUUGAGAAAAAUCGCAGCGUUGCAUUAUCGAAAAAAAUAUGGCAUACAGUUGGGAUAAUCGAGUCAGCUUUAUAGUGAAGUUCCUUUACGACAUAGAUAACAACGGGGUGCUGGAUCAACAUGAUUUCGAGUGCAUGGCUCUAAAAAUGACCCUUGUCGAGGGUAAAGGUGAUUUCAAUUAUAAUCACUAUCAAGAAAAUCUGCACAUCAUGCUUUCUCUUUGGGAAGAAAUCGCUGAACUUGCAGAUUUCAAUAAGGUAGAAUUUGAUGGAGUAGUAACGACAGAAGAAUUCAAAGUCGCGGUCCAGAGAAGCUGCAUGGGAAGACCUUAUCGUGAUUUCCCUCAAGCGAUGAAAAUGUUCAUAGACAGUCAUUUCAAGCUGGUCGAUUUAAACGACGACGGAGUUAUCGCUGCCGAUGAAUUUCGUUACAAUUGUGUGAUGAGAAUUCCAGUUGACAACAUCGACGCGCUUGAUGAUGCUUACCAAAGUCUACUUAACGAUGACGACAGAAGACGUGGCGGUUUAACACUGGCACGAUACCAAGAAUUGUACGCGCAGUUCCUGGGUAAUCCCGACGAAAAUUCCCCUGCCGUUUAUCUAUUUGGACCCCUGCACGAGUUAUGUUAAUUAUUUAUUCUACGGUCAAAUGAGAUAAAAUCUCGAAUCUUAUAAGGUGAACAGAAAAGACAUAUGUGACUGCAGUUAUUACCAUUUCACACGCGAAGAACCAGAAGCGUUUAUAUUAGAUAGAAGCGUAAGAUAACUGAACAUAAUAACUGUAAACAAACGUAAUUAUUAUUUACAUUAUUAAUACAACAUCAUUAUUGUAAACAGUUAGCUAAGAUAUUCUAUUUUAUUAUAUAAUUACUUUCAUAUUCUGACUUAUAAAUAAAUGAAUUCAAUUUUCAUUAUUU